AUGCCGUACCCACCGACGCCGUCGACGCCCCAGUCGGCUUCAGCGACGCUUGUUUCUGUUGGUACUACCGGGCGAAACAGCUUCACGACUAACAACUCGUCGUUCGAGGGCCGACGACCAGUUCGUCUCGCGAAGGAGAGCCAGUUCUGCUACAAACGCGGGCGGAAACACCAUUCGUACGGCUCGGAGAAAGCGCCGUACCCCGUCUCGUACGACAGAGACGUCAUCGACGUGGACGUGCUCGAUACUUGUAUGAGAAUCACGCUCCAGGGUUCGCCCACAUGGAUGGAUAUCAAGGGUAAACCGCCACGGCAUGUUCUUGACCUCGGUUGUGGGAACGGAAUAUGGGCCAUCGAGGCGGCGCGAAUGUGGCCCGACGCGGAUUUCGUCGGCUUCGACCUCGUUAACAUACAGAUACCACUCAACUGCGUCGAGAAGACGGUCGCACCGCGGAUAGUAUGGCAGCAUGGUAACUUCUUGACGAAUAAACUGCCAUUCGAGGACGAUACGUUCGACCAUGUGCAUAUUUCUGGUGUGGCGAGGGGGAUCCCAGAAAACAAAUGGAGUACACUCUUCCAGGAAGUGCACCGUGUACUCGAACCGGGCGGUUUCGUGGAAGUGGUCGAAGACGAUAUAAUAUUCCCUGUACUCCCUCGAUGGUUCACACAGCCAUUGCAUGCCAGCGCUACAACAUCCCCGACAAUACAUCCCUCAAAUGGCGCCGACUACUUCUCACCCGCCUCAUUAUCUCCGCCUCCCUCACCAUUCCGAAAACCGCCACCUCACGAUCAUGCCAUUUUAGAGCUGUUGUAUAAAUCUGUAUACCAUAGUAGAUUCAUCAGCAUGAAACCUACCGCUGUACUCGCCGUGUAUUUCACCUCCUUCUUCAAACAAUGCCUCACCGCACCCUCCAUGAACCUCCCCAUGCCCUUCCUCGCCCCUCUACCUCCUCUCCCAGAAGCCAGCUUCUCCGCCACCCAACGACCGACCGUCGUCACCCGCACACGAUCAUCGAGCAUCCCCCGUCCAAAAUCAACCGUACCGCUCAUCGGCCAUACCCGACCCGCGUCCCAAUCGGUUUCAUCAUGGACGACUGAGUCCACUUCUUCGUCUUCGUCACCGCCACGGACGGAGAGCAGCAGUGGAGACGAUGACGUUUCGGGUUAUCAUUCGUUGUCGUCUGGGUCGGAUGAGGUGCAUACGCCGGAGACGCCGACGUUGAGUAGGUCCGAACUGGUCCGGCUCCCGACGCGAUUCGAUACCCUGGCUCUCCGCCGACACAGAAGGCACGACGAUGAGCUAGACAAGUUCAGUGAGAGGACGAGGGCGAUGAAUCUGUAUAGGGCGUACGUGGGCGUGUUGGGGUGUAAGGAGGAGAUGUGGGAGGAACUGAAGAUGUUGCAGAGGUCGCGGCCGGGGGAGUUGGCGGAGAUGGGGUGGGAGGAGAGGAGGGUGGAGCAGGGACAGGUGGAUAAGGCGGUGGAGGAGCAGGAGGCGAGGAGUAGGUUCGAUGAGCUUUUUGAGCGAUUUCAGUCGGACAUUCAUGCACGAUGCGCGCUGUGGUACUCAUUAUCCGAGCUGGGCUACUCCAUUCCAAAACGCGAACCUCUCAUCAAGUCGGAACUGCUAGAAGAAGAACGCAUGCGGAGCGCCAUCCUCGACUCGCGGCUCUCGGCGUCCGACGAAGACUUUGACGUGCCCUGUCGGGUGUUCAGGGCAUUUACGGGCUAUAAAGAUGGGAUGGACGACUGGGAGGGGGACGAGCGGAAUUAA